AUGCCAGCCAGACAUCUCGACGUGGGCCAACCCACCCCAUACGGCGGUGCGACCAUGGGGGCAGAGACCCCUCCAGCGCAGGGAGGGGCCCAACCUGGAAACGGGCGACCCUGGGCACCAGAGCCCAAGACCCCGUACCCUGACCGCCGCAGAGGAGGCCGGCCAUCCGGCCCGGGGCCAGCACCCACCACCACGGGCACACCAGGCACUGCAAACAACCACCUCAUCUUUGGCUCUGGAACCAAACUGAGUGUAACAGAUGGAAAUCAGAGCGGCCAGAAAAGAACGACACAGGCACCGAGAGUUCACGCAAACACGCAGCAGAGCCCCACCCGACCAGCAGGACCCAGAGUCCAUGUGGAGGAGAGCAGCUCCCUGCUGUGUGUGCCCCCAGCCAUGUUUCCUUCUCUGGUCCAGCUGUCUUGUAAAAGACAGAAGAAGAACGGCGGGCUGGAGGAGCUGCCCCCUGCUGAGGGAGAGCAGCUGCAGCUGAUCCAUGAGCAGGAGAACAGCACAUAUAAAUGCAGCUGCUACAUCAAUGAUGGUGGCAGAACAGUGGAGGCCCAAACACAAGAAGAGCUUCCAGCUCCAGCAGCCUCCUGUCCUCCAGAGAGAGAGCCAGCAGACCUGCCAGCUCUGCAGCCAGCUGACUGGUCCUUCCAGUCUCAGUGCAGGGUGAAGCUGCUCUGCCUGCUGUCCACAGUGCUGAUAGUGAAGAGUCUGGUGUACUGCUGUGGACUCUCUCUGCUGAUGAUCCUCAGAAACAAGGGAGCGUCCACCAACUGCACACAUGCUGACUGACUGUUUUCUGCUCGCCUUUUCUCACCAUCAAAUCUCAUCCAUUCAUCUCAUUCAUCACUUUGAUCACCAUUCACACAUCUGAGAUCUUUGUCUUACUCUCAGCUCAUAUCCACAUGUUUGUGUUACUGAGUCUGUAGUGUCGAGUGUUUUCACAUUAAAUUUACUUGUACUAAACAGUAACUUCAGUCACACAUAGAUUAUAUUAGAUUUUUAUGCUCUUGUGUAAUUUUAGUUCAUUUGCAGCCAGUUUUUCUAAAGGAUGUUGAAUCUGCCUCCAACAAUGUCCUCACAAAGCCCCCAUUAAAAAAAGGAAUUGAUUCUUGCAGUAAAUACAAAU